GUUGUUUUAUAUGCAAAGGAAAAUGGCGGCCGCCACGACUGGAGGGCUUUUUGGCAGUAGUUCUGCGGGUUUCUCUUUCGGUAGUGGUGCAACUUCAACUGGAUUUGGUACACCAACUCUCGGUACAAAUACUUUGGGAAGUAACACCCUAGGAGCAAGUGGAUUUUCCGCGAUUAAACCGUUCGGAGCCUCCACUGCCACAUCGACUUUGAGCACACCAUUUGGUCAACAAACGGCCACAACCGCGGGAGCGACCACUGGUUUUAAAUUUGGAGGUCUAGGCUCAACUACAGCAUCGACCUUUUCCGGGUUUAACACAGCGAAAACUACAUCGACUGUUCCCACCCUAGGGACAUUUGGACAAACUAAUCAACUGGGACAGAGCUCCGGUUUUGCUCUGGGGGUAACACCCGGGGCUAGUACAUCAACGGGUCUAAACUUAGCCAGUGGACUGUUUAAACCAAGCACUGCUGCUACAACUACAACGACAUUGCUUGGGUCAACUCCAGCAGCUCCUACUGGGUUAGCAUUGGGUACAAGCUCGCUGAUAGGCUCAGGUUUAGGGGCAUUUAGUGGUUUCAAUGCCAUUAAGACCACAGCCGCUGCAAGCACUACGACAUCAGCUACGCUAAGUGGCUUAGGUGGGACUGGUACUAGUACGAGUGGAGGUGCAACAGGUGCCGUAGGUGGUGUGGCCAGCAAGCAGGGUGAUGUCAAAGACACAGCACUACCUAAUCCUUUGAAUGAAAUAGCAGAACACAUCAAAAAAUAUGUUAAGGAACAGAAGGAACACAGAGAUGAAAUUUCUAGAGUGUCUGGUAGCACACUGGAGAAAGUUCGAGAAGAAACCAUUGCACUUAGACAGGCUUUAGCUCUGGUGUCUAACAGUAUUCAGAGAGAUGGAUGUGCUGUGGAAAACCUUAAAAUAGAUGUAUCACAGGAACUGAAGAAUGCCGAAAUUGCCCAAAGAACGAAUGAUAUUCCUCCACCCCUGCAACAUGAGAAUGUGGCACCACAGGAGUAUUUUCAGCGUUUAGUGGAAUCCUUUGAAGAAAGGAUGCUGAUGUACAGAAAACAGAUUGAGAUCAUGGAAAGCCAUCUUGCGUCAUUAUCACAAGGGCAAACAUUAACUCCACAAGAUCUCUCUGAUGUAAUGCACAAGGUACAUGAAACCUUCAUCGCACUUGCAGCUCAACUACAUGAAUUUCAUGAAGCUGUUAAGGUACAAAAAGAACACUACCUUAACUACAGAAGAGCAUAUUUUAAGGAAAGCACAGACAUCUUCUCAAGCAAUUCAAAGGACUUAUCUAAGAGCGGUAAGUGUAAGGAUACUGCCAUCUUGUUGUUGCUUUAAUUUUCAGUUGCAUUACGUAAUCUAGUAAGUAUAUUAUGCUUAUAAGGAUAGCUGAGACUGAACAAUAAUGAAUAUAUGUAAACAAUAGCCUCCAUUGGGAGCAAAAAUCCGCUUCAAUAUUUGUCUGCGGACACUACCUGUUCCAAGAAGCGGACUGUUUUCAGAGAGCAUAGCUCAACAAAAACUGUGAGCUUUGGGGAACAGGUAAUAGGACAAAUAUCUGAGCAUUAUUGUCAGGCCACAUUCAAAUAUUUUUCGCAAAAAAUUGGAAAAUCUUACCCGGAUAUUCCCUGUUUUAGCUGGGGAAUGUUCAGUCAUGUGAUGCAUUUAAAUAAACCAACUGAGCGCUAGUGAAAAUAUUUGAUGGAUUAUAAGCUAUAUUGAAUCCCCCCCUCCACACCACUAGCCCUAGAAAGGAAAUUAGGCUACUGGGAGUCCAAAGGAUAGCUUUGGUCCUGCCAGGAUUUGAACACACAUACCUCAGGUCAGAUCACCAUUGCUCUAAUAUGAGUUAAGUCUGUUUCAAAGCAGCUUUAUCUGACUAACUCUGAGAAUGCCUAUUGUUUAAGGUGAUUCCUUAGUAUUGCAUUGCGCGUUCCUACUGCGCACAAUUUUCACGUCAUAAGCGUGCACACAUGAGCGUGCGCGCAUACAAAACAUAAGAGAUUUCCCUCAACUAAGCUCAAUAACGAAAUAAAUGCUCUUUUUUUUCUUAAACGGACAUGGUGACCCCCACUUUUUAUUUCAUAAUUUCAAUGAGAACAAUACGCUCAAUAACUGCAAGAAAAUUAGCAGAAACCUAUGGCUACUUUUUUGGCAAAUGAAAUAAACACUACAGAGGGAGACAUGACAGGCCCAA